CGUACAGAAUCAGAUAUGUCGUCAUUUAUACAUUACACUGAUAACGAUCAAAUGCAACUGGAAAUGUUUUUAGAUAAGCAAAGCGUGCAUGAUGGGAUGCUAUCACCAGCGUCCCGAGCGCGCUCUGUCCGUUGGUUUAUCACGUGUCUGUAACGUAACUACAAAAAUCGCCAUUCCUCGUCGGAAUCGAUCGAGCGUUUAUGGGAAAUCGGAUGUUAUGAUGAAUGUGGAGCAUUCCCAUACAUCGAUGGGGAUUAUGGGUGCAGAUUUAUUUUUAACACAAGCGCAUUUAGAGAGUGUCAUAGUAAAUAACAACGGUGUUCCCUUAUCGCCCAAUUCAGAAGGAACAAAGUCUGAUUUGGAUUCGAAGAUUUCUCAGCGAUGUGCCAUUUGUGGAGAUAAAGCUACAGGAAAGCAUUAUGGUGCCAAUAGCUGCGAUGGGUGCAAAGGUUUCUUUCGGAGAAGUGUUCGCAAAUGUCAGAAGUAUAGCUGUCGUUAUGGCAAAAAUUGUGUGAUAGAUAAAGAUAAAAGGAACCAAUGCCGCUAUUGUCGGUUUAAAAAGUGCUGUAAAGUUGGUAUGAAGAAAGAAGCCGUCCAAAAUGAAAGAGAUAGAAUAAGUAAUAGGAGACCUUCCUAUGAAGAUGCUCAAAAUACAGGAUUGACUAUUUCAGCGUUAAUCGCCGCCGAAAAUAUGCAGCCAGAAUAUACUACAGGAAAUGGCCUAACGGAAGCUAUGGCUACAGCUGUCGAUAUAUGCAAUUCUAUAAACGAUCAGCUGUAUUGUUUAGUAAAUUGGGCCAAACAACUCCGACCAUUUAUAGAAUUAUGCAUUGAAGAUCAGACAGCUUUGAUGCGAUCUCAUUCGGGAGAGAAUUUGGUACUGGGAUUGGCUCGGAGAUCUAUGAACAUGAAAGACGUACUUUUAUUUGGAAAUCACUUGAUCAUCACCAGGGAUGCAGCUGAUCCGGUGGUUAACAGGAUCGGAUGCAGAGUCAUGGAUGAAUUAGUCAAUGUUUUCAGGGAGAUAGAGAUUGAUAAUUCGGAAUUUGCUUGUUUAAAGGCAAUCGUAUUUUUCGAUCCGAAUGCUAAUGGUUUGAAUGAUAUCAAAAAAGUGAAAGUUAUACGACAGCAGAUAUUAUCCAAUUUAGAGGAUUAUAUAAAUGAUCGUCAAUAUGAUUCGAGAGGGCGAUUAGGAAAGAUUUUGUUGACGUUACCGUCCUUACAUAGCAUAACGAUGCAGAUGAAAGAACAACUUCAAGCAGUUAAAUUAAUUGGCUUACCUAAUGACGAUCGCCUCAUUCAAGAAUUAUUGCUUGGAGGGAAUCCAACGUUUUCGUCUACGCAGCCACAUCAUGCCUUAAGCGGAGCAAUCCCGACAGAAGAUAUGACUUCAAUCAAACCAAACGGCUUCUUUAUGAAUGGCAAUUCUACCGAAGUGGAUGAAGUAUUCUCAUUGACUGAUGACUCUUAUCGUCUACAAACGUUAGGUCAACCGAUACAACAAUCACAAAUAGCAUUUAAGCAGGAAAUAACGGAUAACUUCUCGGAAAAGUGCCAAUUCUUGCAAUAGAGAUCAUUCAUUGUCAACUGUUGGAUGUCCGGAGACAUCGUUUUUAAAGAGGCCAUAUUGGUCAUUUUUUUUAAUCGUAUAAUUCUUGCAUUCCUGAUUCUGCAUUUACAAGCACUUAAUAAACAAUAAUAGUACAAAAGAAAGUAGAUGAAUUACUUAAAAAAAAGGUUCAAAUUUAUAUAUUUCUCGAGUAUAGUAGAGCAUUGAUUAUCCGAUUGACUAUAAUGGAUAUAAGUUCACAUCAAACUUUUUAAUAAUUAAAUCAAAUUUCAAAUCUUCUUUAGUUAAAUUUUUUAUAUUAUUAUUAUUAUCAAUAUUUUUAUAUACUUGCUAAUGUUUUUUAAAUUGAAUGUUACCUCUAUAAUGCAGAUAAUCAAUUCUCUAUUAUAUCUUGAUUUAA